AUGGGUCAUGGAGUAUCUGUCGAUAAUGGAAAUAAUGUUACCGAUACCACUACAAAUGAACAUUUUCUUGGACUUGUUAACUUUGGAAACACAUGUUAUUGUAAUUCUGUACUUCAAGCAUUAUAUUUCUGUAAACCAUUUCGAGAGCGUGUAUUACAUUAUCGUUUGCAACAGAAAAAUAAGAAAGAAAAUUUAUUGACAUGUUUAGCUGAUUUAUUCAAUAUGAUAAUAACAGUGAAAAGACGGACCGGUGCAAUUCCACCAAAAAAAUUUAUUAAUAAAUUAAGAAAAGAAAAUAGUACAUUUGAUAAUGAUAUGCAGCAAGAUGCUCAUGAAUUUCUAAAUCAUUUACUCAACACAUGUGCAGAUAUUCUUAUAGCUGAGAAGAAUGAAGAAAAAGAUAAAUAUGAUAAACAACGAAUAAAAUUGAAUGCAAACAUAAAUAACAAUGGUAAUCACUCCAAUAAUUCCCCACAAUGUAAUGGAACAGCCAUUAUUGGUGAACAACAAAAACAAGAACAAAAUUGUUACAAUAAUAUCAGUUCUCCUUCAUCAAUGAACACAUCUACGGAUGAUACAUGGAUACAUGAUUUAUUUCAAGGAACACUUGUGAAUGAAACAAAAUGUCUUAAUUGUGAAACAUAUAGUUCCAAGGAUGAAAAUUUUCUCGAUCUAUCAAUCGAUGUCGAAGAGAACACAUCGAUCACAACGUGUCUCCGAGUAUUUAGUAAUGUUGAAACAUUAAGAGGUGAAAGUAAAUACUAUUGUGAAACGUGUUCAAGUAAACAAGAAGCAACGAAAAGAAUGAGAAUCAAAAAAUUGCCCCGCAUAUUAGCAUUACAUCUUAAACGAUUUAAAUAUAUCGAACAAUUUAAACAAUAUAAAAAAUUAUCCUACAGAGUAGUGUUUCCGUUCGAAUUACGACUUCUCAAUACGUCUGAAGAUUGUCUAAACAGCGAUAGAAUUUAUGAUCUUGUCUCGCUGGUUGUUCACUGUGGAAUAGGACCGUACCGAGGACAUUAUAUAGCUGUUGUAAAAAGUCAAGGAUCAUGGAUUGUAUUUGAUGAUGAAAAUGUUGAUCGAUUAGAUCCAACAAAUUUCGAAGAAUUUUACGGUGUUACACACGAUCUAGGAAAACAGUCUGAAACAAGUUAUAUACUUUUUUAUGAAAGUCGUGAUCCAGUGUGA